CGAAGCAUGAAACGUGGAAAUCAGCCGCGUAUAAUUUUUUAUUGUUAAAAUUAAUGUUAAUAGCAAAAAAAUUGUGGCUUUGUGGAUCACAUAUCCGCUCUUCUUAUUCAAAUGCCUUUUUUUAUUUGUAUCUUGUAAAAUUCUGCAGACCAUAAUUUGGACUAUUUGCAAUACAACCCGACCAGAACUGCCAGUUGAUCGACGUCCUGCUCGCAUGUGAUCUUUGUUUGAUCUCUUUGGAAGUGGUUUGGUGUUUAUUUCGUGGAGUCAGAAGAUUCUUGCAGAUUCGAAGCAUAUCUCGCAUCCUUCGGAGUUUUUGAUAGCGUUACCAGUCAGUGUUCUUGGUUGCGAAGCACCACUUGUCACUUGGCGAUGUCGUGAUUGCCCGCAACCACAGUCCGUUCUCUUGGUCCACUGCUGUGGAUCACACUGCCAUGAUUAUCUGUGAUACGGCACGCGUGUAUUUAACCCGCCAUGACGGUUCGUCCUAACGGCCUCUUCCCCAGCAUGCGCGUCUCCACGGCCUUCUUCUACGCCAUCGUCUUCGUGGCCGCCACGUUGACGCUCUACUUCAUGCUGGAGCUCAUGUCGUCACGCCGCCCCAGUCCGGCCACCGAACUGACACCCUCCGAUAAGCCCAUUGUGGCGCAGUUGGAGGAGAAGCUGGCGGCGGUGGAGGCGACCAUCAAGAAGAACCAGGAGCUGGUGGCGGGACUGCAGGCCAAAUUGUCGUACAUGCUGCGCGAACAGGUGCCUGUGGUGCAGGAGCAUCCGGUGACGGACAAGCGGACGACGACGCUGACGACCCGCGAGCACAAAGUGCGCCCGGAAGGAAUGGUGGAAGUGGCACGCGUCGCGGGAGUGGAGGGCAGUGCGGACCAGUGUCCGGCGUUGAAAUGGACCAUGUCGAAAGCCGAUGUUCAGAUGUUGAAAGCUUACGACAUCAUUCCUUUCGACAAUCCGGAUGGCGGAGUAUGGAAACAGGGCUGGAAUGUGUCAUAUUCCCCUUCGCAGUGGAGCCAAGAUCGUCCGCUUCAGGUGUUCAUUAUCCCGCAUUCCCAUAACGAUCCAGGCUGGCUUGAAACCUUCGAGAAAUAUUAUGAAAAGCAGACCAAGAAUAUUUUUGAUCUGAUGGUGAAGAAGCUGCCUGUGCAUUCCAAAAGGAAAUUCAUUUGGUGUGAGAUUUCAUACCUGUCUCUCUGGUUUCAAACCGCUUCCGAGGAGCAGAAAAACGUGUUUAAAAAGUUAGUGAAGGAAGGUCAAGUGGAAAUUGUCACGGGUGGCUGGGUGAUGCCAGAUGAAGCGAAUUCGCACUAUUUUGCUCUAGUAAACCAGUUGGUGGAAGGCCACGAAUGGAUCCGCAACCACCUCGGUCCGCAUGUCGUCCCGAAGAACGGCUGGGCGAUCGACCCGUUUGGAUUCUCCCCAACCAUAGCCUAUAUGGACAAGCUGAUGAAGUUUGACGCCAUGCUCAUCCAGCGCGUGCACUAUAGUGUAAAGAAAUAUCUGGCCAUGGAACGGGCUUUGGAAUUCCACUGGCGACAGAACUGGGAUCAGGAGGGGAAAACGGAUAUCUUCACGCACUUAAUGCCGUUUUAUUCCUACGAUAUACCGCAUACCUGUGGGCCUGAUCCGAAGAUCUGUUGCCAGUACGACUUUAAGAGACUACCGGGAACGGGCAGGGUAUCAUGUCCAUGGAAAAUUCCGCCGCGCGUUGUUUCGCAGGCUAACGUUCAAGAACGAUCUGAAACGCUUUUGGAUCAAUACCGAAAGAAAUCGCAGCUGUACAGAACGAACAUACUUAUGGCUCCACUUGGCGAUGAUUUCCGUUACGAUACUUCAUCCGAAUGGGAUCAACAGUACAUCAAUUACGAGAAGAUUCGGGAUUUUAUUAAUUCCCAUCCUGAGUAUAAUGCUCAGUUUGAGUUUGGGACACUAAAUGAUUAUUUCACCGCGGUUAAGGAGGAAAGUCUUGACAGCAACGGGAGCAGUCUGGCGUUUCCCACUUUGACUGGCGAUUUCUUUACCUAUGCGGAUCGUGAUGAUCACUACUGGAGCGGUUAUUACACAACACGUCCCUUUUGGAAAAUGAUGGAGCGUACCCUGGAAGCUCGUUUACGGGCAACCGAAAUCGCAUUUGCUAUGUAUUUAGCCCGCGCUGAACGCCGUAAACAGUCCUCCGAAACCGCUACCAUCGACGCACAGCUGCAGAAGCUAGUCCAAGCCCGUCGCAACCUGGCCCUCUUCCAGCACCAUGACGGCAUUACGGGCACGGGGCGCUUGCACGUCGUGAUGGACUACGCCAUGAAGAUGAUCGGAGCGCUGGAUAACUGCGGCCAGCUGCUCAGUCGUUCUUUGUCCUACCUGUUAGCUACCGAAAAGAAGGACGAUUCAGAAUACGUACCUGGUCCCAAAUUGCGCGUGACGGAAGUGUUUCAAUACUUCAAUCAGCCUUCCCGGAAGGAGCGAUUGAUUGUGGAUCAGAGUGGAAUGUUUGUCGUGGUGUCGAAUUCGCUGGGAUGGACGCGAUCAGAAGUGGUGACGGUCAGAGUAAAUAAUCCGCGAGUCGCGGUGGUGAUGAUGGAGAAUAAGAAGGUUGUACCGGCGCAGCUGAGCCCCGUGUGGGUUGGUAAGACGGAGAAAGUGGAAAAGGAAGAGUUUGAGUUGACAUUCAUUGCGACGGUGGGAGCACUGGGUGCCGUGACGUACAUGGUCGUGGACGAGAAGGCCGUGAUCGCUGGCGAUCGAGGCCAUACAACAACCCAUGUCGCUACACCGGCGAAGCUGGAGGUGUUUUUGAACGACGUGAUACCGGUUGAAAGCAGUGGAGUUUUUGCUAUACAGAGUUCCAAGUACGCCAGCGGCUACAAAAUUGAAAAUGACCACUUCAUCGCUGAGUUCGAUGGUCAGACUGGCUAUCUUCAGAAAGUAAUCCACAAAGAAAGCAGGCUAACAUUCAACACGCGAAUCAAGUUCGUCAAAUACGGCACCUCCAGCAAACCCGAUAAAAGCGGCGCUUAUCUUUUCCUGCCGGACGGAGACGCUGUCGACUACGUGCCCCAGACGGAGAAGGGUGGUAGAGUCCCGGUGAUCCUUCGGCUCGUGCGCGGACCCCUUAUUUCCGAAUUGCAUGUGGUCAUGACUGAAGUGGUGCACAUUGUCCGCGUGGUCCAUUCGCCCGGUGUAGAUGGACAGGCACUGAUGGUGGAGAAUCGGGCGGAUAUCACACGGCAGUAUAAUUACGAAUUGGCCAUGCACAUCCAGACGAAUAUUAGCAAUAAGGACUUAGUGACCGAUCUCAACGGAUUCCAGUUGAUUAGGCGGGUAGCGCACGCUAAACUGCCGCUGCAAGCUAAUUAUUAUCCAAUGCCCACGACGGCAUUUUUGGAGGAUGAGACGGCUAGAUUAACAGUGUUGACCGGCCAACCGCUCGGUGUGGCUGGACUUCAGAAAGGUGCCUUGGAAAUUAUGCUGGAUCGUCGCUUAGCGCAGGACGACAAUCGCGGCAUGGGCCAGAGCGUGGCCGACAAUGUGCCGGCUACUCCCAGUUUCUUCCGCCUGCUUCUGGAACCCAAUCCCGGACAGCUUCCUGCAAAGAAUUAUCCACUUCUCUCGUUAUCCGCCUAUCACGCAUGGCAUUCCUUGUUAUAUCCUAUGGCGACGCUGAUGGCCGAAAAACCCGCAGAACCAGUCUGGUGGGCGGAUACACUGGUGGGAAAUGUCAGUGGAUUGGUGGGCGACCUUCCGUGCGAUGUGCAUUUGGUGGGUGUGCGCACGGCGGUAGCGGCGGAGACCGACGACGGGAUGGUCUCGGCUGGGAAACAGGGCACGGGCGAGUCGACGGAAGGGCCGACGGCCCUCUUGAUGUUGCACCGCGGUGCGGUGGAUUGCCGGGGACGCACGGCGGGGGUACGGUGCUCCAUGGUGGCUGACGGGAAGAUUAAUCUGAAGACAGCCUUCACGGGGCUGUUCACCUUCCCGUACGUGGAAGAAGGAUCCCCAUCGCAGUUGCACAAAGGACAGUUGCUGCCGGCGGAUGCCACCGUCAUUCUGCAACCGAUGCACAUUCGGGCUUUCCGGUUUCCCUUGUUGUAAGGAGAACACAUUGCGUCAAAAAUGCUAUCGUGAUGGUUUCACUCAUCAGUUGUUUUAUGAUUGGAUUGUUGAGAUUGAAAAUGCGUGUUUGUGGUGUGAUUGUGUAUAAAUCGCCUUUGUCAUUGCCCAGUGUUAAGUUAUUUUACAGAUUUGCCUUUUAUUUGUGUUGAAAAAAGAUUUUUUAGUCAUGACAAGACUUAUUUCUGCACUUAUGCUUGAAAUUUUUUGUGUUGAAUUUUGUACGUAUUUUUUCUAUUGGAUGUUGACGAAAUUAAAUUGGACAGCUGUCAUGUUUACGUGGUG